AUGGUAAAUGACUACUUCGCACGGACACUAACAAUUGCGAACAGAAUGAAGGCUAAUGGUGAAAACAAAGGUGACACAGAAAUCGUUGAAAAAAUAUUACGAUCUAUGACUCCAAAAUUCAACUAUGUGGUAUGCUCAAUUGAGGAAGCACAAGACACUAACAAACUGUCUAUAGACGAAUUGCAAAGCAGUUUGCUAGUACACGAGCAAAGGACGAGUAGCCCAGAAGAGGAACAAGCUUUGAAGGUGACAUAUGGGGAAACUUCUAAUCUAGGAAGAGGUCGUAGUGGCUACCAAGGAUGCGAUCGAGGACGCAGAAGGUCAAAUUUCGACAAAUCCACUGUUGAGUGCUUCAAUUGUCACAAACUAGGGCACUUCUAA